AUGACAGUAGCAGCGUCACCGCUCACCCAGCAAGGGCCAGGGACGAUGCAGACCCCCGUGAAAAAACAGUGGGCUCAGCCAUCGCACCCGUCAGCAAUUCGAGUAGUCUCAUCGGGGCUGCUCACUUCCGGUACAGACGAAAAAGCCGCCUCCUUUUGUCUCACGGCCGUCGCAGACCGUGAUAUCCCUGCGAACACGCUGAUUGUCAAGAACACGUCGACCACCCUGGCAGCUAUCAAGGCCUAUUCAACCGUCCAGGUAUCAAAAAACCAGCACAUCGAGCUGAACUCAGACCUGUUAUACUGCAACCACUCGUGCGACCCGAACGUGCGAUUUGUUACAUCGACACUCGCCAUGGACUCGCACAACGGCCAACCUGAUGCGCCGGUCUCUGGAGCGCUAGAGGUAUGGAGUGUAAGGGAUAUUCCUGCCGGAGAAGAGUUGCGGUUCUUUUACCCCAGCACUGAAUGGGAGAUGUCACAGCCAUUCCGAUGUUCGUGUGGUGCGAAGCAGUGUUUGGAAUGGGUUGACGGCGCAAAGAACAUGUCCACGGCUGUGCUGAGGAAGUACUGGCUGAGCGACCACAUUAGAGCGCUCCUCGAAGAGAGAGCCGAUUAG